AUGUCUCGCACAUUUGACGCCAUCAUUGUUGGCUGCGGUUUUGGAGGCGUUUACAACCUCUACAAACUAAAGCAACUCGGCCUCUCCGUGAGGGCUUUUGAUAAGGCUCCAGAGGUUGGUGGCACAUGGUACUGGAAUCAGUAUCCCGGUGCUACUACCGACACUACCAGCGAGAUAUAUAGGUACAGGGAAGACAAGGAGCUGUUGAAGACAUACCCUUGGUCAACACGCUACUUAAGCCAGAAGGAAAACUUGGAGUAUCUACAGCAUUUUAUUGAGAUCCACGACUUAAGACAACAUAUUCAGUUGAGUGCGGAGCUCAAGUCAGCGUCCUUUGAUGCUGCCACAUCUACAUGGACCGUUACCUUCAACUCUACCGGAGAGACUUAUAAGACCACAUACCUUAUUUUAGCCACUGGACAUUUACAUACACCUCACAAACCCACAAUCAAGGGAAUUGAGAAGUUUGCUGGUCCAGUUUAUCACACAGGUGAAUGGCCUGAGCACCGUGACCUCAAGGGCAAGAAGGUUGGUGUCAUCGGCACAGGAUCAUCCGGAGCUCAGCUCAUGGUCAACAUUGCCGAUGAUGUUUCACAUCUAGUUUCUUUCCAGCGGUCGUCACAACAUGUGGUGCCUCACAACAACGGACCCAUCUCAGCCGAAGAAAGAGAAUGGGUUAACAGCAACUGGGAUGAGAUUUGGGAGACGGUCGACAACCAUCCUAUUGCACAGAACCUAGUAUAUAAGAGCACCCCAACUAUGAGCGUCAGCGCAGAGGAGCGUGAGCGUAUCUGGGAGGAAAUCUGGAACGGAACAAACGGUGUUGCCUUUAUGUAUGGCCCAUUUGGGGACAUUCUUACAAGCGAAGAGGCCAACCGAGAGCUGUGCAAAUUCUUCGAGAAGAAAAUUGCCCAGUAUAUCUCCGAUCCUGAUAAGCGUAAGAAGCUGACGCCGACCGAACUCUACGUCAAGCGCCCUGUUACCAUGUCAGGAUAUUACGAGACAUUUGCCAAGAAGCACGUCGACAUCGUCAACUAUCAAUUCACACCCCUUAUCGAAGCAAACGAAAAGGGUCUCUUGACCACUGAGAAGCAGUGGGAUCUGGACGUUAUCAUCUUCGCAACUGGUUAUGAAGCUAUGGACGGCAGCCUUAAGGUAGUCAACCCAACUGGCACACACGGUACCCUGAACGAGACCUGGGCCAAGGGCUCAACUUCUUACCUUGGACUCAGCGAGGUCGGAUUCCCCAACAUGUUCUUCUCCAUCGGCCCUCAGUCACCAAUCUCCAAUAUUCCUCCUGUUAUUGAAGUCCAGGCCAACUUCAUCGCCGGACUCAUUGCAAAGGCGGAAGCCAAGAAGCAGGAGAACGGCGACGGCAAGACUGUCCUUAUUGAGGCGGACGAACAAGCCAAGGAUGGCUGGCUGAAGAAGUGCCUCGAGAUAGAAGAUGCCAGCUUGAUCAAGACGGUCAAGUCUUUCAUCACCGGUGACUUUGUUAAAGGAUCGAAUGUGCCUGUUCAUUCUUGGCUGGGUGGCUUCCACACCUACCAGCGCUUCAUCAAAGAUGUGUCAGAAAACGAUUAUGUUGGAUUUAAACUUACAAAUUAG